AUGCUCUCCCUCCCAUAUCGCCUCCCGUCAGCCCGAAUAGCUGCCAUACGCCCGCUGCGACCACCAUCACCACCCAAACCCCGGCCAUUCACCCAGAAAACUCAGCUCCUCCUCAUCGCCGCCCGGGCGCCGCGUCCACAGCUGCCAUAUCUCACGCAGCCAUUGCCACUGCCAUCAUACAGACGUCCCAAUGCACCAAUAGCAAGACUACUGUCCACAGAAAAUCGACGAUUUGCACGUCAACAACUGUGGCUGGCCGCAAGAUGGACGGCCACAGGCUGGACCGCGGUGGUCCUGCUGGGAGUGGCGUGGUUUGGCUACAACAUCGAGGUCGAUGAGCGCACCAACCCAACGCCUGAUGAGUGGCGGUUUGGGACACGGCAGCUGCUACGCACCGCCAGGGCAUUCAGCGAUCCAGAAACAAGCGGCCAAACGGGUGGCAUCGUCGAUUGGGCCAAGGUUGGCACCCGAUAUGUGAACCUACUGGCGAGGCUGGAGGAUUUGGAGAAGGAAGGAAAGGGGCUGCUAGAGGUCGCUGACGGCGAGGAGAUAUUGAUCCCUGGGGUUGGCAGGAGUGGCUUCGAUAUCAGCGCCAAGACCUGGCCGUGGAGAGCAGGCUACUUCGAGGCCAUCAUGGGCUGUGCCAGGGCAGCAGAGCAUCUUGAUGGCAUGGUGCUUGAUCAGACACGAGGAAUGGUCUUCCCGAGAGAUGUUAUGAUUGGACCAAGCAAUCCGGAUCCUCGACCUACGCCACCAUACAUGAAAACAGCGCCACGGGAGGAAGAUUGCGUGCCUCCAUUCCCUGCGCCUGAGACUUUUUACAUGCGCGUCCUGACCGGCCGUGGCUUUACUACCGGCCAGAAGCUUGAUGCUGCUCUGGGCUAUGCGAACUGGCUCGAAAUCAAGGGACUGAAUGAGGCUGCGUUGGAGAUGUACAAGUGGCGUGUCGACAUGGCCACUGCAGCACUGCCAAAUGGGGUCCAACCUGUGGACGUUCUUGAUCCGAAGACCUCAACUCUCAAAGAAGGUGCGGCAAACAUCACGCCAAACUUGCUUCGUGCAAUCACAGACCUGGCCAUACACCAGGCCAGGACCGGAAAGAUCUCAGAGUCGUUGCCGAUCCUGAUCUCCGUCUUGCGCGCUCGCCGAACAGCGCCCAUCUCUCCUUUCCCCGAGCCCGAACCGACCAAGCCUGGAUUCAGUCUCUGGAACUUCCUAUUCGUGCCUCCCCACUUUCCAGACCCACCCCCUUCAGGCGACAUGCCUCUAAUCCGCACGUCCUCCGAGCCGAGCUGCUCCGAUUCAGAGUUGAUGCUGUACAUUGGCGAGAUCAUCUUCGCCUCCAGCAGUCAGAGCAUCUUUGAAAAGCAUGCUGCCGAAGAAGGCCUAGCAUGGACGAAACAGGCGGUGACCAUAGCAGAUGCACAGCUUGCGAAGCCCAGUCUUGCAUCUUCAUCCGACCAAGAGAGCGAGACCGAGAAGAAGAAGUGCAGAGAGUGUUUGCUGACUGGCGUCGGCAAUUGGGAAGCCAUGCUGCAACGAUUGGCGGACCACGAACAGCCUGUGGCGAAGUCCAGGAGCUGGAAAUUCUGGCAGAAGAGCAGCGCAGAAGACGACAAGAAGUCAAAAUUCGAAGAAGAUCAGAAGACAAUCGAACGGCUUCGAGAGCGUAUCGUGCGUGAUGGUCUCCGUGACCAAGUCAUCAGAACUAGCUCGCCGACCGGCAUCUGGUACGGCUGAGAGAGCAUCGCAUUCACAUAUGUCCAUAUUGUACAGAAAGAUGACGACCUUGCACGAGAUACCGCAGAUCCAGGAUCGUGUGCCUCAUUUCACAAGAUGCACUCCUACAUCAAUAUUGCGAUUGCCACUCCACACAUCCAGACCUUCACACAUGUCUCAUUCAGCUCAACAAGAGAUCCUCGCCAUCCGGCCCAACGAACAGACUUGUCUCUCCUGGGCUCGGGGAGAAGCCUGUCCACCCGACAUCAAGUGUCCUCGCCCUCACCACUUUUAUCCCACCAUCGUCUGGCGCACUCUGCCCUCUUCACCACCUUCCAUCCCAGGCGGGCAUCAACUUGAUGUUACAGCACCAGAUCACCCAAAGCAGUUGAAAAGCACAAGAUGUCCUCUCUGGCCUUCAUACCUCUGUCCCUGGUCAGCUCCAGAACUCUGUCCAUAUGCCCACCAAACGACCCGCGACGCAGAAAAGAGUAUGCGAAUGC